ACGAGGCACGUCAUGGUGGACUCACUUGCCGGCAAGGAAGUUGUAGUUCGUUGGGCAGAUGGAUUGCAGUACUACGGUCGAAUUACAAGUAUUGAGCAGAAAGCUCAGAAGUUUUGUGUUGAGUUUGCGCCAGGUAUAUUAUAUCUGGUACAAUACAAAGAUGUAAAAGGAGUUCCUGGUGCAGAAGAAGAAGAAGGUUUUUCAAAGGAAUUUGAUCUUCUUUGUGAAGUAUGCCACAACGGACAGUCCUACAGACCCAAUGAAAUUGUUAUAUGUGAUAAAUGUGGGAAAGGUUAUCAUCAACGAUGUCAUAAACCAAGAAUUGAGAGUAAAGUUCUUCUUCCCCAUAUUGACUGGAUUUGUUUGAUGUGCACUCACAGUGACAGUAAUGGUGGGAAACAAAGAGCAAAAUUAGCUGUUCGAUCUUUACCAUACAGUUUGUCGUCGUUAUCAUGGAAUGAAAGUCACACAAGCAAUAGCCAAGAUACUUAUUGCUAUUGUGGAGGUCCGGGCGAAUGGUAUAAUAAGAUGGUUCAAUGUGCAGGCUGCAAGCAAUGGUUUCAUCAAGCAUGCUUGACUUGUCUUGGUGAGCCUUCUCCUCUGUAUGGCGAUCGGUUUUACUACUUCCUGUGUUCUGUCUGUAAUGCCGGCGCAGAGUAUAUACAACGAUUGCAGCUCAGUUUCAAUUCUGCCAUUCAGUUGGUCUUAUUUCAUUUGGUUCUCGUUCACCAACGAAAGUACAUCGACUUCGAGCAAGAAUUGAUGCCAUUUUUUGAGCAGCACAAAGCUUACUUGGGAUGCAACAAAUCUGUUGAAGUGUUGAAAAGUGAAAUGUGGGAAACGUUAGAAGUAGACCGAUCUAGGUUUGCUUCUGCCAAGGAAGUGAAGAAAAAGAAAGGACUCUGGAGUCUGAGAGGAGGCUGCAUUCCUCCUUUGCCCGUUUCCUUUCCUUCUCGGCCACCCAAAGGUGCCAAGACAACUCUCUACAUCAAAAAGGGUGUUACCCUCCCUUUGUCAUUGCAACCACCAAUCAAGGGUGUUCCACCAACUGUAGGCUAUGGCAUCAAACACAGUAUGAUUCGAUCCGGCCUAUCCAAGCCUAGAACACCGUCUCCUCUCAAAAGACCUCAACAGCUUAGCCAUUUAGCAAGCUCUGCGAAGAAGACAAAGCUCGCCCGAUGUCUCUAUCCCGCAGACGGUGCACCCCCCUUUCAUGAUUUCCAUCAAUUGAAACUCUACGUGCAACGGAUGAGAGGAGAAACGACAGGAUCAACAAAGACUUCAACCGGCGCGGCAGCUUUGAUUUCAAGCGGCGCAAGAUAUGAAGUCCUUGCUAGACGUGUAACUACCGACAAACAAGAAGAAUACCUCAUACAGUGGCUCUGAUGUACAUUGCUAUGUUGUUUUGGGUAUGUAGAGUGCGCUAUGUGGGAGUGGCUUUGUCUCUAUGCGGCUUCGCGGGGAUUGUGUCUGUAAUUUGAUUUGUGCGCGAUACACCGAUUGACCAAUCAAAGUGCGAGAAA